GGCCACAGAAUUGUUACUGAGGGGGCCACAGAAUCGUUACUGAGGGCCACAGAAUCGUUACUUAGGGCCACAGAAACGUUACUUAGGGCCACAGAAUUGUUACUUAGGGACACAGAAUUGUUACUGAGGGACACAGAAUUGUUACUGAGGGCCACAGAAACGUUACUUAGGGCCACAGAAACGUUACUUAGGGCCACAGAAUUCGUUACUUAGGGCCACAGAAACGUUACUUAGCACCACAAAUUGUUACUUAGGGCCACAGAAUUGUUACUUAGGGACACAGAAUUGUUACUCA